AUGUACUAUGUCUUCCUCCACCUCUUGCAGUUUGCUAUCAGAAUAGAUGAGGCAGAAGAGUUCCAGAGCAGAGAGCAGGAGCUGGCGGAUGCUGAGUGUCUGAAAGAACUGCUCCUGAAACACAGUGUUAUGAAGAGAGGUGAGUAUAUGCUGAUUCACUUACAGUAAUGUCUCCCUUAGAGAAAUGAUGUGUUUAUUCCCUUUGGCAAAUCCCCUUAGAGUACGGACGUCCGGGUCACUGCUCCAGAUGUCUGAUACGUGAAUCACAACCUCAAUCUGGUCCUGACAGUCAUUCAGUCACCUCUGCCCUCCCUUGAAAGAAUCAUUCUCCUCUUAAAGUUCCUGAAAUUUUAUGGAUUUUACCCUGCCUUUCAGUCUCCAAGGCACUAAGAGCUAAUGGAGAGAUAGAUAUAUGCCAGAUGUGAGAAUUAGUGGCAUUCAUGUCAUAUCAACAGCACAGGGAUGGGACUGAGACACGUCAGUUAAGUAAAAGCUAGUUGUCAUUCACAUGAGCUGGUUGAGGCUGCUGAGGGACACAGGGAUCAUUAUGUCAUGACGUCGUAACGGUAAUAUAAACAACAGGCACUCUUUCUCAUAAUAGUAUUUGAUGAGAGAUUACACUUUAGUGUGAGGUACGUUAUUUACUUUACAAAUGAUCUACAACAGCUGUAUUUACAUGACCCAAAGCUGUAUUCAUUCAUUCAUUGUUUGCAUUUUGGCCCUUAUCUUUACCCAAAUGAAAAAUGUGACUCUGCACACUCCAAUCUAAGCUCCUAUGUGGUUUGUUGGUGACAAACAAAUGUGGCCACUCAGGUACACUUCCUUACGUACUUAUUUGGACAAUGAAGCUAAAACCUUUAAUUUGGCUCUAUACUCCAGCAUUUUGGAUUUGAGAUAAAAUGUUUUAUAUGAGGCAACAGUACAGGAUGUCACCUUUUAUUUGAGGGUAUUUUCAUACAGUGAGGGAAAAAAGUAUUUGAUCCCCUGCUGAUUUUGUACGUUUGCCCACUGACAAAGAAAUGAUCAGUCUAUAAUUUGAAUGGUAGGUUUAUUUGAACAGUGAGAGACAGAAUAACAACAAAAAAAUCCAGAAAAACACAUGUCAAAAAUGUUAUAAAUUGAUUUGCAUUUUAAUGAGGGAAAUAAGUAUUUGACCCCCUCACAAUCAGAAAGAUUUCUGGCUCCCAGGUGUCUUUUACACAGGUAACGAGCUGAGAUUAGGAGCACACUCUUAAAGGGAGUGCUCCUAAUCUCAGCUUGUUACCUGUAUAAAAGACACCUGUCCACAGAAGCAGUCAAUCAAUCAGAUUCCAAACUCUCCACCAUGGCCAAGACCAAAGAGCUCUCCAAGGAUGUCAGGGACAAGAUUGUAGACCUACACAAGGCUGGAAUGGGCUACAAGACCAUCGCCAAGCAGCUUGGUGAGAAGGUGACAACAGUUGGUGCGAGUAUUCGCAAAUGGAAGAAACACAAAAUAACUGUCAAUCUCCCUCGGCCUGGGGCUCCAUGCAAGAUCUCACCUUGUGGAGUUGCAAUGAACAUGAGAACGGUGAGGAAUCAGCCCAGAACUACACAGGAGGAUCUUGUCAAUGAUCUCAAGGCAGCUGGGACCAUAGUCACCAAGAAAACAAUUGGUAACACACUACGCCGUGAAGGACUGAAAUCCUGCAGCGCCCGCAAGGUCCCCCUGCUCAAGAAAGCACAUAUACAUGCCCGUCUGAAGUUUGCCAAUGAACAUCUGAAUGAUUCAGAGGAGAACUGGGUGAAAGUGUUGUGGUCAGAUGAGACCAAAAUCGAGCUCUUUGGCAUCAACUCAACACGCCGUGUUUGGAGGAGGAGGAAUGCUGCCUAUGACCCCAAGAACACCAUCCCCACCGUCAAACAUGGAGGUGGAAACAUUAUGCUUUGGGGGUGUUUUUCUGCUAAGGGGACAGGACAACUUCACCGCAUCAAAGGGACAAUGGACGGGGCCAUGUACCGUCAAAUCUUGGGUGAGAACCUCCUUCCCUCAGCCAGGGCAUUGAAAAUGGGUCGUGGAUGGGUAUUCCAGCAUGACAAUGACCCAAAACACACGGCCAAGGCAACAAAGGAGUGGCUCAAGAAGAGCACAUUAAGGUCCUGGAGUGGCCUAGCCAGUCUCCAGACCUUAAUCCCAUAGAAAAUCUGUGGAGGGAGCUGAAGGUUCGAGUUGCCAAACGUCAGCCUCAAAAUCUUAAUGACUUGGAGAAGAUCUGCAAAGAGGAGCGGGACAAAAUCCCUCCUGAGAUGUGUGCAAACCUGGUGGCCAACUACAAGAAACGUCUGACCUCUGUGAUUGCCAACAAGGGUUUUGCCACCAAGUACUAAGUCAUGUUUUGCAGAGGGGUCAAAUACUUAUUUCCCUCAUUAAAAUGCAAAUCAAUUUAUAACAUUUUUGACGUGUUUUUCUGGAUUUUGUUGUUGUUAUUCUGUCUCUCACUGUUCAAAUAAACCUACCAUUCAAAUUAUAGACUGAUCAUUUCUUUGUCAGUGGGCAAACGUACAAAAUCAGCAGGGGUUCAAAUACUUUUUUCCCUCACUGUACAUAUCUGUUUUACCGUUGAGAAAUUAAAGCACUUUAUGUAUCUAAUCCCACCAUUUGAAGGUGUCAUAAGUAUUUGGACAAAUUCACUUAUAGUGUGUUAAAUUUAAUAAAAACUUUACUAUUUGGUCCCAUAUUUCUAGCACGCAAUGACUACAUCAAGCUUGUGACUCCCCAAACUUGUUGGAUGCAUUAGCAGUUUGUUUUGGUUGUGUUUCGGAUUAUGUUGUGCCCAAUAGAAAUGAAUUGUAAAUAAUGUAUUGUGUCAUUUUGGAGUCACUUUCAAUGUAAAUAAGAAUAAAAUAUGUCCAGCAUCUGCUCAAAGACGUUGUAAGUGUGUAUGAAAUCAUAUGUUCCUAUUCUGACCCAUAUCUGUCCUUCGGGUCUACUGGAGAAGUCAGUGCUGGUUCUAAACAAGAGUGUCUUUCUAAUGAGAAAAUUGUAAAUGGUAUGGAGUAAUUCAGCUCUUUGCAGCUAAUGGCACUAUGAAAUGCCUUCAAGUAAUAGUAAAUAAACCAUUCCCUCUCUCUCUCCUCUCUCUUUCUUUCUUUCCCUCCGUCACUCCAUCCCUCCCUCUCAGGUCUCCUGGAGAAGUCCAUGCUGGUUCUGAAUAAGAGCCGUGAUCUUCUAGACUUCCUGAGAGAGUUCCAGAUAGAGGAGGCUCUACAGAGGAGUGAGGCGUUACGGGGGGCUCGCAGCAGCUGUGGCCGGGUGGAGAGUCUUAUGGAGAUACUGCAGGACAGGAGGAGACAGGUGGACCAGCACAUGAAGCAGCAGCUCCUUGACCUGGAAGUCAUCCUCAGCAUCUACCAAUGGGAUCGGCAGGAACAGGAAGUGAGUCACGAAAUGUCAAUAUCAAAGAUCAAUCCGUGUUGGAAAUCUACUUUUUACUUAAAACCUUUACCUACCUUAUACAGUGAGGGAAACAAGUAUUUGAUCCCCUGCUGAUUUUGUACGUUUGCCCACUGACGAAGAAAUGAUCAGUCUAUAAUUUUAAUGGUAGGUUUAUUUGAACAGUGAGAGACAGAAUAACAUCAAAGAAAUCCAGAAAAACGCAUGUCAGAAAUGUUAUAAAUUGAUUUGCAUUUUAAUGAGGGAAAUAAGUAUUUGACCCCCUCUCAAUCAGAAAGAUUUCUGGCUCCCAGGUGUCUUUUAUACAGGUAACGAGCUGAGAUUAGGAGCUCACUCUUAAAGGGAGUGCUCCUAAUCAAAUCAAAUCAAAUUUUAUUGGUCACAUGCGCCGAAUACAACAGGUGCAGACAUUACAGUGAAAUGCUUACUUACAGCCCUUAACCAACAGUGCAUUUAUUUUAAACAAAAAAAGUAAGAAUAAAACAACAACAAAAAAAUUGUUGAGAAAAAAAAGAGCAGAAGUAAAAUAAAGUGACAGUAGGGAGGCUAUAUAUACAGUAAAAUAAAGUGACAGUAGGGAGGCUAUAUAUACAGGGGGGUACCGUUGCAGAGUCAAUGUGCGGGGGCACCGGCUAGUUGAGGUAGUUGAGGUAAUAUGUACAUGUGGGUAGAGUUAAAGUGACUAUGCAUAAAUACUUAACAGAGUAGCAGCAGCGUAAAAAGGAUGGGGUGGGGGGGGGCAGUGCAAAUAGUCCGGGUAGCCAUGAUUAGCUGUUCAGGAGUCUUAUGGCUUGGGGGUAGAAGCUGUUGAGAAGUCUUUUGGACCUAGACUUGGCACUCCGGUACCGCUUGCCGUGCGGUAGCAGAGAGAACAGUCUAUGACUAGGGUGGCUGGAGUCUUUGACAAUUUUGAGGGCCUUCCUCUGACACCGCCUGGUAUAGAGGUCCUGGAUGGCAGGGAGCUUUGCCCCAGUGAUGUACUGGGCCGUACGCACUACCCUCUGUAGUGCCUUGCGGUCAGAGGCCAAGCAGUUGCCAUACCAGGCGGUGAUGCAACCAGUCAGGAUGCUCUCGAUGGUGCAGCUGUAGAAUUUUUUGAGGAUCUGAGGACCCAUGCCAAAUCUUUUUAGUCUCCUGAGGGGGAAUAGGCUUUGUCGUGCCCUCUUCACGACUGUCUUGGUGUGUUUGGACCAUGAUAGUUCGUUGGUGAUGUGGACACCAAGGAACUUGAAGCUCUCAACCUGUUCCACUACAGCCCCGUCGAUGAGAAUGGGGGCGUGCUCAGUCCUCUUUUUUUUCCUGUAGUCCACAAUCAUCUCCUUUGUCUUGGUCACGUUGAGGGAGAGGUUGUUGUCCUGGCACCACACGGCCAGAUCUCUGACCUCCUCCCUAUAGGCUGUCUCAUCGUUGUCGGUGAUCAGGCCUACCACUGUUGUGUCGUCGGCAAACUUAAUGAUGGUGUUGGAGUCGUGUCUGGCCAUGCAGUCAUGGGUGAACAGAGAGUACAGGAGGGGACUGAGCACGCACCCCUGAGGGGAAGAGACGAUGGCAGAAACAUUAUGUACAAAAUAAAUUACAAAUAACGCGGAAAAACACACAUAAUAGUACAAUUGGUUAGAGGGCUGUAAAACGGCAGCCAUCUUCUCCGGCGCUGCUCCAGCGUGUUACCUGUAUAAAAGACACCUGUCCACAGAAGCAAUCAAUCAAUCAGAUUCCAAACUCUCCACCAUGGCCAAGACCAAAGAGCUCUCCAAGGAUGUCAGGGACAAGAUUGUAGACCUACACAAGGCUGGAAUGGGCUACAAGACCAUCGCCAAGCAGCUUGGUGAGAAGGUUGACAACAGUUGGUGCGAUUAUUUGCAAAUGGAAGAAACAUAAAAGAACUGUCAAUCUCCCUCGGCCUGGGGCUCCAUGCAAGAUCUCACCUCGUGGAGUUGCAAUGAUCAUGAGAACGGUGAGGAAUCAGCUCAGAACUACACGGGAGGAUCUUGUCAAUGAUCUCAAGGCAGCUGGGACCAUAGUCACCAAGAAAACAAUUGGUAACACACUACGCCGUGAAGGACUGAAAUCCUGCAGCGCCCACAAGGUCCCCCUGCUCAACAAAGCACAUAUACAGGGCCGUCUGACGUUUGCCAAUGAACAUCUGAAUGAUUCAGAGGAGAACUGGAUGAAAGUGUUGUGGUCAGAUGAGACCAAAAUCAAGCUCUUUGGCAUCAACUCAACUCGCCGUGUUUGGAGGAGGAGGAAUGCUGCCUAUGACCCCAAGAACACCAUCCCCACCGUCAAACAUGGAGGUGGAAACAUUAUGCUUUGGGGGUGUUUUUCUGCUAAGGGGACAGGACAACUUCACCGCAUCAAAGGGACGAUGGACAGGGCCAUGUACCGUCAAAUCUUGGGUGAGAACCUCCUUCCCUCAGCCAGGGCAUUGAAAAUGGGUCGUGGAUGGGUAUUCCAGCAUGACAAUGACCCAAAACACACGGCCAAGGCAAUAAAGGAGUGGCUCAAGAAGAAGCACAUUAAGGUCCUGGAGUGGCCUAACCAGUCUCCAGACCUUAAUCCCAUAGAAAAUCUGUGGAGGGAGCUGAAGGUUCGAGUUGCCAAACGUCAGCCUCGAAACCUUAAUGACUUGGAGAAGAUCUGCAAAGAGGAGUGGAACAAAAGCCCUCCUGAGAUGUGUGCAAACCUGGUGGCCAACUACAUGAAACGUCUGACCUCUGUGAUUGCCAACAAGGGUGUUGCCACCAAGUACUAAGUAAUGUUUUGCAGAGGGGUCAAAUACUUAUUUCCCUCAUUAAAAUGCAAAUCAAUUUAUAACAAUUUUGACAUGUGUUUUUCUGGAUUUUGUUGUUGUUAUUCUGUCUCUCACUGUUCAAAUAAACCUACCAUUAAAAUUAUAGACUGAUCAUGUCUUUGUCAGUGGGAAAACGUACAAAAUCAGUAGGGGAUCAAAUCCUUAUUUCCCUCACUGUAUGCAAGUAUAAAUAAAUGUUCUGUGGAAUGUCCGUUGGAUAAUAAGUGUGGUAUUAGAAAGUGCAUCUGAUAUUGAACUGAGAGAAUGCCUACCUAGGAAAAUAUAAUAUUUUCAGAGCCAUAAGGGGUUGUGUUAAGAUUAUGAAAGUACAGAUGUCUCUCGCUGUGCUUCAGAAUGGUUUGAUACUCUAUCACGUGUGGCUCAGUUGGUUGUGUGUGGCUCAGUUGGUUGUGUGUGGCUCAGUUGGUAGAGCAUGGCACUUGCAACGCCAGGGUUGUUGUUUCAAUUCCUGUAUGCACUCACUACUGUCAGUAGCUCUGGCUAACAGCGUCUGUAAACAUGUAUCCACUGCUUAGUGUCAGGGAGAGCAGUCAUGAAGCAUUUAACUCUUCCUUUGAAAUAAUUUACAUAUUUAUAUUACAUCUACAAAUGUAACAUGUUACCUGAUCUAUUGCACCUUUGCCCAAGUGGAAAUUCAUGAAUAACUGAUUGUAGUGAUAAUAUAUUGUAUUCUUUUCAGGUAACCCACUGGUUCAAGAGCAAUGCUGACUUGCACUUUGAAAGAGAUCAUUUGGGAUCAACCCUCACUGAAAAUGAGGAGCUCCUUCAGGAAUACAAGAAGUUUGAAGAAAAAGCCAAGGUAUGAUACUUUAAAUAUGAGUAUAUUAUGGGACAUAUUUGCUAACGGUUUGACUGUUAUUUUGAAGAAAUAGACAUGGAAAAUGUGUAGAAUUGCAGGAAAUUAGCUUUAAAAUGGCAAAUAUUUCUCUCUGCCAACAAGAGGGGUGUGAAACGUUUGAACAGUUUGGGGUUGCAUGGGUUGAGAGGUGGGGGUUUGUAAAUGACGAUAUCCAUCCGGACCUUUGCCACCUAGGGAAUUUGUGUGACUGGACCUUCUCAAAAAGUAUGUUAGUACAUUUACAUCAUUUAGCAGACGCUCUUAUCCAGAGCAAAUUACAAAUUGGUGCAUUCAACUGGGGACUGGGGCCAGUGAGACAACCACUUUUUUUUUUUAUGGGGGUUUGGGGGAGAGGGUGGGUAGAAGGAUUACUUUAUACUAUUCCAGGUAUUCCUUAAAGAGGUAGGGUUUCAAGUGUCUCCGGAAGGUGGUCAGUGACUCCGCUGUCCUGGCGUCGUGGGGGAGCUUGUUCCACCAUUGGGGUGCCAGAGCAGCAAAUAGCUGCUCAGUCAGGCUGUGCCCUUAUAAUCAUGCAUGUUGUGUGUGUGUGUGUGUGUGUGUGUGUGUGUGUGUGUGCGCGUGCGUGUGCGUGUGCCUGCAUCCUAUCCUGCAGGACUGGAGCGAAUUGGUGAGGAAGCUGCUAGCCCAGGCCUCAGAGCUGCUAGCGGGGGAAGCAGAGGGCCGGGCUGAGGCUGAGAAGGGACAUGUCUCUGAGAGGAGUCUGGCUCUCAAAGCCCUGCACGAGCACUUCUGGAACCUGAUGAUGGGCCGCCUUGCACACCUACAGGAGAGCAAUGCUUUCUUUAGCAGCGCCAACAAGGUACAGUAACUGAGAAGCAAAAGGAAAAAUUAGAACCUCAAAUAGUUGCUAAGUGGCAUAAAAAGUCCAGGCACUCGUGUGGGUUUGAAAGUUAAAAGACUUUAAAAGGGCAAUUAUUUGUAUUUGACUUAUAAAUUAAUUAUAUGUACACAUUGAUUCUUAAAGAAUAUAACUUAUAAAUGCCUCAUCAGUUGAAUUCAACUGUCGUACCCCAUCAGAACCCAACAUAUAAGCUUGUUAUAUGCCAAUGUUUAUAAACAAACACUGUUUAGCCCCGAAACAUGGUUAAAACCAUAAAUUGGCUAUCAUGGAUGGUCAGUCCUUGCAUCCAUAGCUCUGUCUAUGAAUUUGAGAGUGGUUACAUUUCUCCAGGGUCAUCCCUCAGCUUUUUACCGAAACUGUGGCGGGGAAAACCCUUUUUUAUUGUUUCAACUACUGAUUGCCCUUUUAAUGUAUGGGCUCAGACAUUAUUAAAAUACAGUGGCGCAGCGGUCUUAGGCACUGCAUCUCAGUGCUUGAGGUGUCACUACAGACCCCCUGGUUCGAUUCCAGGCUGUAUCACAACUGGCCGUGAUUGGGAGUCCCAUAGGGCGGCGCACAAUUGGCCCAGCGUCGUCCGGGUUUGGCCGGUGUAGGCCGUUAUUGUAAAUAAGAAUUUGUUCUUAACUGACUUGCCUAGUUAAAUAAAGGUUAAAUAAAAAAUAAUAAAAAAUAACCCCCCGUAGGAGAGAGUAGGUGGUCCAGUAGUAGUAGCAGUACAGUGCCUUGGCGUUUUUCCUAUUCUGUUGCAUUACAACCUGUCAUUUAAAUGGAUUUUUAUUUGGAUUUCAUGUAAUGGACAUACACAAAAUAGUCCAAAUUGGUGAAAUGAAAUGAAAAAAAUAACUUGUUAAAAAAAUUCAAGAAAAUAAAUAACGGAAAAGUGGUGCGUGCAAAUGUAUUCACCCCCUUUGCUAUGAAGCCCCUAAAUAAGAUCUGGUGCAACCAAUUACCUUCAGAAGUCACAUAAUUAGUUAAAUAAAGUCCACCUGUGUGCAAUCUAAGUGUCACAUGAUCUCAGUAUGUAUAUACACCUGUUCUGAAAGGCCCCAGAGUCUCCAACACCACUAAGCAAGGGGCACCACCAAGCAAGCGGCACCAUGAAGACCAAGGAGUUCUCCAAACAGGUCAGGGACAAAGUUGUGGAGAAGUACAGAUCAGGGUUGGGUUAUAGAAAAAUAUCAGAAACUUUGAACAUGCCACGGAGCACCAUUAAAUCCAUUAUAAAAAAAUUGAAAGAAUAUGGCACCACAACAAACCUGCCAAGAAAGGAUCGCCCACCAAUAGUGAUAGUUAUGCACAUUCAAGUUUUCUGUUUUUUUGUCUUAUUUCUUCUUUGUUUCACAAUAAAAAAUAUUUUGCAUCUUCAAAGUGGUAGGCAUGUUGUGUAAAUCAAAUGAUAAAAAAAAAACAAAAAUCAAUUUUAAUUCCAGGUUGUAAGGCAACAAAAUAGGAAAAAUGCCAAAGGGGGUGAAUACUUUCGCAAGCCACUGUAGAAGGUAGCUAGUGUAACUAUACAUAUCACCUACAGGAGAGCAACGCCUUCUUUUUCAGUGCCAACAAGGUACAGUAACUUCUGUCUUGUGGCCACAAAUAAGCAGGGCCAAGAUAGUAGUUACUAAUUAGUGUACAUACUGUAGAGAUAGAACUGUUCUAUAUCUAUGCUAUUGUACAUAACCUUCAGGAGAAAAAUGCCUUCAGUGCCAACAAGGUUGCUACUGAAACUGUACAUACGACCUUCAGGAGAGCAAUGUGUUUUUUAUUAGUGCCAACAAGAUAGUAACUGUAACUGUACAUAUAAUGUGCCACUUAAGCAGUGCCGACAAGGUACUGUAUCUUUAACAAGUCUAAACUUGUAGGAUAUAUAGACCAUCCAAAUGUAUCAACACAUGGAAUAUCCAUGUAGUAAGAUUAAUAUAUUUCCUGCAGUCAAAUGACCAAAUCGCCCUCUAGUGGCCUCAUGGGUGGAAUGUUAUUAAUAUUUUUCAUAAUUUCAUAAUUUAUCAACUUUUUUUUUUACCUCCGGAAAUCCGGUGUUUUCUAUGUCAAAUGGUUUUGUUAUAUUUCAGUCUUCUGUGAUGUAUAUAAAGUGUAAUAUUGGGAUACAAACUCAAAAUGUAAUACAUUUAAACUCUAUAUCUGACAUUGUACAGGUGUCUUCUUUUUUUAAGCCCAUAACCAUGUUUGUGAGGUGUAUACUUCUGUUUCAACGUAGAUUUGUUUAAGACUACCAAGAAACACUCUGUGUGACCCUGAUUUAGCAGGAAAAGGUUAAAACAAGGCAAACAAAUCAGCUACUGCCAAUGCGUUACGGUUUCACACAACCUGCUGUACAUACAGUGGGGAAGAAAAGUAUUUAGUCAGCCACCAAUUGUGCAAGUUCUCCCACUUAAAAGAUGAGAGAGGCCUGUAAUUUUCAUCAUAGGUACACGUCAACUAUGACAGACAAAAUGAGAAAAAAAUAUCCAGAAAAUCACAUUGUAGGAUUUUCAAUGAAUUUAUUUGCAAAUUAUGGUGGAAAAUAAGUAUUUGGUCAAUAACAAAAGUUUAUCAAUACUUUGUUAUAUACCCUUUGUUGGCAAUGACACAGGUCAAACGUUUUCCGUAAGUCUUCACAAGGUUUUCACACACUGUUGCUGGUAUUUUGGCCCAUUCCUCCAUGCAGAUCUCCUCUAGAGCAGUGAUGUUUUGGGGCUGUCGCUAGGCAACACGGACUUUCAACUCCCUCCAAAGAUUUUCUAUGGGGUUGAGAUCUGGAGACUGGCUAGGCCACUCCAGGACCUUGAAAUGCUUCUUACGAAGCCACUCCUUCGUUGCCCGGGCGGUGUGUUUGGGAUCAUUGUCAUGCUGAAAGACCCAGCCACGUUUCAUCUUCAAUGCCCUUGCUGAUGGAAGGAGGUUUUCACUCAAAAUCUCACGAUACAUGGCCCCAUUCAUUCUUUCCUUUCCACGGAUCAGUCGUCCUGGUCCCUUUGCAGAAAAACAGCCCCAAAGCAUGAUGUUUCCACCCCCAUGCUUCACAGUAGGUAUGGUGUUCUUUGGAUGCAACUCAGCAUUCUUUGUCCUCCAAACACGACGAGUUGAGUUUUUACCAAAAAGUUCUAUUUUGGUUUCAUCUGACCAUAUGACAUUCUCCCAAUCCUCUUCUGGAUCAUCCAAAUGCACUCUAGCAAACUUCAGACGGGCCUGGACAUGUACUGGCUUAAGCAGGGGGACACGUCUGGCACUGCAGGAUUUGAGUCCCUGGCGGCGUAGUGUGUUACUGAUGGUAGGCUUUGUUACUUUGGUCCCAGCUCUCUGUAGGUCAUUCACUAGGUCACCCUGUGUGGUUCUGGGAUUUUUGCUCACCGUUCUUGUGAUCAUUUUGACCCCACGGGGUGAGAUCUUGCGUGGAGCCCCAGAUCGAGGGAGAUUAUCAGUGGUCUUGUAUGUCUUCCAUUUCCUAAUAAUUGCUCCCACAGUUGAUUUCUUCAAACCAAGCUGCUUACCUAUUGCAGAUUCAGUCUUCCCAGCCUGGUGCAGGUCUACAAUUUUGUUUCUGGUGUCCUUUGACAGCUCUUUGGUCUUGGCCAUAGUGGAGUUUGGAGUGUGACUGUUUGAGGUUGUGGACAGGUGUCUUAUAUACUGAUAACAAGUUCAAACAGGUGCCAUUAAUACAGGUAACGAGUGGAGGACAGAGGAGCCUCUUAAAGAAGAAGUUACAGGUCUGUGAGAGCCAGAAAUCUUGCUUGUUUGUAGGUGACCAAAUACUUAUUUUCCACCAUAAUUUGCAAAUAAAUUCAUUCAAAAUCCUACAAUGUGAUUUUCUGGAUUUUUUUUCUCUCAAUUUGUCUGUCAUAGUUGACGUGUACCUAUGAUGGAAAUUACAGGCCUCUCUCAUCUUUUUAGGUGGGAGAACUUGCACAAUUGGUGGCUGACUAAAUACUUUUUUUCCCCACUGUAUCAUGUGCCGCCUUCUAUAGCAGUACCAACGAGGUAUCUAUGUAACAAUAGAUAUCACAUUCAGGAGAGCAACGCGUUCUUUAGCAGUGUCAACAAGGUAGCUACUGUACCGAUCAUGUGCCCGACAAAUAUGUGAAGAGUGUAAUUAUUAUUGCAGCACUAAGUCUUUGAGGUCCUCUACACACCAUAGUGAACUAGUGACUUGAAUUUGAUUUGAAUACGCUGCCCUCUAGUGGACAUUAAGGGCAUAUUUGUGCCAUCUACUGCGUCAUAAAUUGUUAGUUUUAUUAUAAUGAGCAAUAUCACAUUUAUUCAGGACUUCUGUUAAACUAUCUAUCAUGUUUACAUGAUUACUUUUAUAUAUAUAUAUUGUCCUAUCCUUUCAUUGCUGUUUAUGUCAGGCUUUUGGGGUCCUGGGAACUGUUGAGAGUAAACUAAAGGGGUUGAAGAGCCAGACACUACGGUUGCCUGAGUUGGCCAAAAAGCACGAGGAGCUGCUGCGAAGCAUCAAAGAGUCAGCCACCGACCCUCUUCAGAGAGGACAGCUCAUACUACAGAAGGUUGACCCACAGAGGUAAGGUGCACAGCAUCCAUAUUAGGACAUCCUCAGUCCUCAGACUCAAAACCUCACCCCCACCCUAGUCAAGUUUAAACCUGCAGUGGUCAAGCAUCUGUGUAGCAAAACUGAGAUUUUGAGUAACAUGAUUUCGCUAGCAAAGAUAUCACUGUAAUCUGAAAUCUAAUAUGCUUGUUAUACUGUAUGUGAUGCCUUUAUAUUGAUAGACGGACGGAUGGAUCAAGAAUGCAGAUAUUAUUAUUACUACAUGGAGCAUUGGACAGCAUACAUGACUCUUACUGUAUUUGUAGUACCCAAGUGGAAGGGGUGAAAAGGAUGCUGGGAUAUGUGAGAGACCGGGUUGAUGCUCUGAGCCGGGAAUGCCACGCCCACCGAGCACUGGCAACCAAGAGACAGCAGCUGGUGUCCUCAUGUGAAGACCUCAUAGACAAGGUACACACAAGCCUUAGGCUACGUCCCAAAUGGCACUCUAUUCUCUUUAUAGUGCACUACUUUUGACCAGGGCCAAAGGGCUCUGGUCAAAGGUAGUGCACAAUAUAGGUAAUAGAGUGCCAUUUGGGACUUCACCGUAUCUAUCUUUUUAUUGAAUUACAUUGUAUUAUGCCUUUUGAGCUGCCGAUAUCGAACUCCUAUUGAUGUGUCAGCCUACUGCUAGUCUCAUUGGGCCUGAUUCAGAGUUGAAAUAAGCAUGUGGAAGUUAGACGUUUGCAUAUCAUUCACUGUCAAUAGGAGAGGUACACAGUUUUGAGUUAAGAAGAUCUAAAGUCAGAUUGGCCCAUUUUCUGCUGUUUUUGUGAGGCUAGUUGACAGCCUACGGUCAACUGCCAAUGCUUUUAUGUGUGUGUACAUUUCCAUGUAUUUCAGUUGACUGCAUUUUACUGAAUUGUGGAACUAAUAAAGUUAAGUAAAAGUCAUGUUUUUCUGUCCCAGAUCUCGGUGUGGCUAAAGAGCAGCAAUGGUGUCCUCUCCAGCAACACUGAGCCAGGCUCCCUGCUCUCCCAGUCUGAAGACAUGCUCAACAAACACCUGGAACUCUCCUCACAAACACAGGUAGUCAGGGAUAGCACAUGUACAUUUACUCAACCUAAUUCAAAUGUAUGUCCCCUUUGUUCAUCUUGUACCAAGGUUGGGGUCAAUUCCAUUUAAAUUCAGGAAUUUCAGUUUACUUCCUGAACUGAAUGAAUUCAAAUGGACCUAACCCUGUCUUGUACUGUAUUGAAGUAUAUGUGUGAUACCAUAGAGCUUCUCAAUCCUGGUCAUUUGGUUCUCAGGAAACAGCCAGUGAGGCAGAGGCCAUGGCAGAACAGAUAAAGGAACUGAAAACACUGGAGUGUCCUGAAGCCACUGAGUUCUCCAACAAAGGAUCACUGCUAGAAGAGGAGGUGAAGACAGUCACCAGAAACAUCACAUCCCGCAUUGAGAACAUCAGACCAUACGUGGCCUUCUUGCGAAUUGCUGAGGAGGUUAUUUUGUCUUACAUUAUCUUUUGUUGAAAUGUAAUUAUGUUUUUUGUUAUGUGUAUGUUAGUGUUUUACAGUGGUAGGUGACACAGUGGUAUCUUGACUGACUGAAAAUCCUUGUUCUGUAUGUAUUUCAACUGAAAUGUGAAUAACAGAAUAACAGUUACAGUGUACUGAAUAGAGUUGAAAUGUGUAACUCCUAUGCUGUUUCAGGUGGAGGAGCAGAUGCAGAGUCUACAUGAGAGCUAUAACAGGACGCCAGAGGAGGAGAACGAGGAGAGUGGAGUCACGUCUAAGGAGAUCGCUGAUGCUAAGUGGCAGUCCAUGUUGGAAAGCUUCAUCGCCAUGCAGGACCUGGGAAAUAACUACAUCAACUCAUCUAACAUGGUUAGACGUUAUUACAUGGUUAGAGAAAUUGUUAGGAUUCAUCUUCUUCAAAUGCUAUUAUCCAUGCAACAGUUUUGAGGGUCUGACAUUUGCCAGUUUUACAUGUAUUGAUUAUACUUAUCUAGCAGAAGUUGGAAAACCCAUUUAUUAUUACUGUGUAAUUAUCUUUGGAAUAAAUUGUACUUAACAGGCCACUACCUGCACACAUAUAGACAAACCUGACAACCAUUUAUUAUUGUAAUUCAAACAAGUUAACCAAGAGGGCGCAUGGUUAGACCAACAUCCAGUGGUGCUUCAUAUGUGAGGGCUGUAGAAUACAGACAAGACCCAGUACCUGAUUGCAAUGGAUUCUUUAUGUUGGCAUCGUCAGGUGAGUGAGAACCUGAACCUGAAUGUGAGGGCAGCCAUCGGUGUGGUGGAGAAGACCAUGGAGGAGCUGAACAAGAAGAAGGUGGACCUGUCCGACCUCUGGACCUCCUGGCAGCUCCACGUCAAUCAGGUGAAGUCCAUCAAGAAACAGUGGAAGAAAUACAAAGAACAACUUAAAAAGGUACUGGAAGUAGAUCAUAUCAUAUCCAUUACAAAUUCCUGAAUCCCAACCAAUUUAUUCUUAAUGUAUCAUCAAGUGCAAUCUCAUGAAGUGUUAAGACCCCCACUGUGAAUACAAUGUCAGAACAGAUGUUUUAAAUGUGUUACAGACUGUUCAUGACCUGAAGAGUGUGGAGGAGAUUCUUGUCCCGACCUCUAAAAUAGAUCUGGGAAGUGACCUUCAGACUGUGUCCAAGCUACUGGAGAACUUUAGCCUAGCUAAGCCCCAGUUCCUGGUAAGAACUAUAGCCCAGUGAUCCGUCAUAUGGGUAGAAUAAAUCACAACAGUAUUAUGUAUAAUUUAUUUGACAGAACACAAUGGUUUUAUGAGUACCAAUAUAAUUAUAUAGUCUGUGUUAGUGUAAGUCAGUAUACACUUUGCUUGAUAGUACAGUAUCUAUACGGUGGCUCUAAGUAGCUUGACACCGUUCCUAAAUCUUUUUACAUUUGUGUCAUCUCCCUUCGUUCUUUGAUCUGGUCCAUUAUGUGAUAUCCUAUAAGUAAAUAUGCAUAAUUAUUCUGUAUGUACUGUAUGUCCCCUGUAGCAACUGAAUGCGGAGGUAGAAUACAUGGUGAAGACAUCAGAACUGUUGGCAUUGAAAGGAAUUCCUAUCAAAGAGAAGAGUGAGAAGGUUACAGAGAUGCUUCACCUUCAUCAGAGAGUAAAAGAUAAAAUCAAAGAGUACGAGUCUGUCCUCAAGAUGGCCGUGAAGUUCCACCAGCUUUAUGAAGAGGUAACAACACAUAGUCUAAGGGUGCGGGUUGCGUCCCAAAUGGCACCCUAUUCCCUACGGAAUUGUGCAAUACUUUUGACUAGGGCCCAUAGAGUGCACUAUAUAAAGUAGUGCACUAUUUAGGGAAUAGGGUGACAUGUUGGACGCAACCAUAGUCUACAUUCUGUAAAUAUCAGGGAGGGUGUUAUCUUUGCUGUAGUCUCUUCAGAGUCAUUGUGUCUAUGUCUGGCAUUGAAAACUAUCGUUGCUGUGUGUUUGAGAGAACAUAUGUGAUCAGUUUAGAUCAAAGUUCUCUGCCCUUCAUAGGCCUUUCAGCUUUAAAUGUCACAUAAAUACUGUAACUAUCAGAGAGUUAGUUACCUAUCUAGCUUGGCUGUAGAAACCGAAGAACACAGGAUAUCAAUUUAGAGAUGCCCUGGAGAUACAGUAACUCGUAGACCUUUUCAGCCUAAAAUGUACCAUAAGAGAUUGAUACUUUGCAUGCUACACACUACACUAUGCCUGACAGUCAGAUACUAACGAUGGCUUUAUGGUUGAUACAUUGACUCAUAUGAAUGUGAGUGCGCGUUCUCAAAGCAUGUGCAGACCAGCUGGCAAGUAUCCUCACGGAUAUUUUCAAUCUCUUCUUGUCCCAGUCUGUAAUCCCAACAAUGUCCCUGUUCCCAAGAACUCCAAGGUAACCUGCCUAAAUGACUAUCGCCCUGUGGCAUUCACAUCUGUAAUUAUGAGGUGCUUUCAAAGGCUGGUCAUGACACACAUCAACAGCAUCAUCCCAGACACCCUGGAUCCACUCCAAUUCGCACACCGCCCCAACAGAUCCACAGAUGACGCAAUCUCAAUUGCACUUCACACUGGCCUCUCCCACCUGGACAAGAGGGAAAUAACUAUGUGAGAAUGCUGUUCAUAGACCACAGCUCAGCGUUUAACACCAUAGUCCCUUCCAAGCUCAUCAUCAAGCUGGGGACCCUGGGACUGAACACCUCUGUAACUGGAUCCUGGACUUCCUGACAGAACAGCCCCAGGUGGUGAGGGUAGGCAACAACACCUCCGCGACACUGACCCUCAACAUUGGGGAUGCUCAAGGGUGUGUGCUUAGUCCCUUCCUGUACGCCCUGUUCACCCACAACUGUGUCCAACCUCGACUCCAACACCAUCAUCAAGUUUGCUAACGACACAACACUGGUAGGCCUGAUCACCAACGGCGAUGACACAGCCUACAGGGAGGAGGUCAGAGACUUGGCAGUGUGGUGCCAUGACAACAACCUCUCCCCUAACAUCAGUAAGACAAAGGAGCUGAUCGUGGACUACAGGAGAAAAAGGGGAGAGCACACCCCCAUCACAUCGCCAAGUCUGUAGUGGAGUGGGUCGAGAGCUUCAAAUUCCUUGGCGUCCACAUCACUAAGGACGACAUGGUCCACACACAGCCGCACAGUCGUGAAGAGGGCACAACAGCUCCUCUUCCCCCUCAGGAGGCUGAAAAGAUUUGGCAUGGGCCCUCGGAUCCUCAAAAGGUUCUACAGCUGCACCAUCGAGAGCGUCUUGACUGACUGUAUCACUGCUUGGUAUGGCAAAUGCACCACCCUCGACCGCAAAGUGCUACAGAGGGUGGUGUGAACAGCCCAGUACAUCACUUGGGCCGAGCUCCCUGCCAUCCAGGACCUCUAUAUCAGGUGUUCAGAGGAAGGCCCGAAAAAUUGCCAAAGACUCCAGCCACCCAAAACUAUUCACUCUGCUACCUUCCGGAAAACAGUUCCGGGACAUCGGCUCUCAGACCAACAGGCUUCCGAGACAGCUUCUACCCCCAAGCCAUAAGACUGCUAAAUAGUUACAGUGAGGGAAAAACGUAUUUGAUCCCCUGCUGAUUUUGUACGUUUGCCCACUGACAAAGAAAUGAUCAGUCUAUAAUUUUAAUGGUAGGUUUAUUUCAACAGUGAGAGACAGAAUAACAACAAAAUAAUCCAGAAAAACGCAUGUCAAAAAUGUUAUAAAUUGAUUUGCAUUUUAAUGAGGGAAAUAAGUAUUUGACCCCCUCUCAAUCAGAAAGAUUUCUGGCUCCUGGUGUCAUUAUACAGGUAACGAGCUGAGAUUAGGAGCACACUCUUAAAGGGAGUGCCCCUAAUCUCAGCUUGUUACCUGUAUAAAAGACACCUGUCCACAGAAGCAAUCAAUCAAUCAGAUUCCAAACUCUCCACCAUGGCCAAGACCAAAGAGCUCUCCAAGGAUGUCAGGGACAAGAUUGUAGACCUACACAAGGCUGGAAUGGGCUACAAGACCAUCGCCAAGCAGCUUGGUGAGAAGGUCUUGCAUGGAGCCUGGGGCUCCAUGCAAGAUCUCACCUCAUGGAGUUGCAAUGAUCAUGAGAACGGUGAGGAAUCAGCCCAGAACUACAUGGGAGGAUCUUGUCAAGGAUCUCAAGGCAGCUGGGACCAUAGUCACCAAGAAAACAAUUGGUAACACAUUACGCCGUGAAGGACUGAAAUCCUGCAGCUCCCGCAAGGUCCCCCUGCUCAAGAAAGCACAUAUACAGGGCCGUCUGAAGUUUGCCGAUGAACAUCUGAAUGAUUCAGAGGAGAACUGGGUGAAAGUGUUGUGGUCAGAUGAGACCAAAAUCGAGCUCUUUGGCAUCAACUCAACUCGCCGUGUUUGGAGGAGGAGGAAUGCUGCCUACGACCCCAAGAACACCAUCCCCACCGUCAAACACGGCGGUGGAAACAUUAUGUUUUGGGGGUGUUUUUCUGCUAAGGGGACAGGACAACUUCACCGCAUCAAAGGGACGAUGGACGGGGCCAUGUACCGUCAAAUCUUGGGUGAGAACCUCCUUCCCUCAGCCAGGGCAAUGACAAUGACCCAAAACACACGGCCAAGGCAACAAAGGAGUGGCUCAAGAAGAAGCACAUUAAGGUCCUGGAGUGGCCUAGCCAGUCUCCAGACCUUAAUCCCAUAGAAAAUCUGUGGAGGGAGCUGAAGGUUCGAGUUGCCAAACGUCAGGCUCAAAACCUUAAUGACUUGGAGAAGAUCUGCAAAGAGGAGUGGGACAAAAUCCCUCCUGAGAUGUGUGCAAACCUGGUGGCCAACAAGGGUUUUGCCACCAAGUACUAAGUCAUGUUUUUCAGAGGGGUCAAAUACUUAUUUAUAAUAAUAUAAUAAUAAUAAUAAUAAUAAUAUAAUAAUAAUAAUAAUAAUAUAAUAAUAAUAAUAUAAUAUAAUAUGCCAUUUAGCAGACGCUUUUAUCCAAAGCGACUUACAGUCAUGCGUGCAUACAUUUUUUAAAUUUUUUUUGUGUGUAUGGGUGGUCCCGGGGAUCGAACCCGUUGGCGUUACAAGCGCCGUGCUCUACCAGCUGAGCUACAGAGGACCACAUUAAAAUGCAAAUCAAUUUAUAACAUUUUUGAGAUGCGUUUUUCUGUCUCUCACUGUUCAAAUAAACCUACCAUUAAAAUUAUACUGAUCAUGUCUUUGUCAGUGGGCAAACGUACAGAAUCAGCAGGGGAUCAAAUACUUUUUUCCCUCACUGUAAUUAAUGGUUACCCGGACUAUCUGACUAACCCUAUCUUGCACUGACUCUAUGCACACUCACAAGACUAUAUACUGUAUACACGCUCACACACACUACACUGACACUCUCAAACAAAACCCAUACGCAUUCACAUACACUACAUAAGCACAUUUGCACACAAAUAACACACACAUGCAUACCGACAACAUAAACACACAUACACACACACUCAUACAGACACAACACAUACACACACACACACAAAUACACACACACACACACUUCUACACACAUCAUAUGCUGCUGCUACUCUGUUCUUUAUUUUACUCAUAUUAUUAUCAAUCCUGAUGCCUAGUCACUUUACCUUUCAUGUACAUAUCUACCUCAAAUACCUUGUACCCCUGCACAUUGAUCUGGUACUGGUACUCCCUGUAUGUAGCUCCAUUCUUGUGUAUUUUAUUCCUCUAGUGUUACUAUUCUUUUUUUGUAUUAUAAUUUUUUUGCUAUGUAUCAUUGGGAAGGGCUUGUAAGCAAGCAUUAACUUCACAGUUAAGUCUACACCCGUUGUAUUCAUCACAAAAAUAAAAACCAAUUUAAUGAAUACCGGCAUCAUUACACAAGAUGAGUCCAGAUAGAACCCAAGAGAAUGAAUCAGUCUUCUGUGAGCUCAGGGGGGUUUCCUAGACAAGAUACCCCAGAAGACACUAAUAGAGCUGCAUUACUUAGUUAUUCGAAAUCGAAUCUUGAACAGCUGGUGAUAUGCAAACAUCAUCAAACACUCACAUGAUACUGAUCAUAGCAGCAAAUAAACAGCCACCUAAUUGGAUAAUGGUUCAAUAAACAGCCUCCUAAUUGGUUAAUUGUUGUGUCCCCAGCUGGAUAAGCUGUUAACAUCGGAGCCUGUGACAGGGUUCAGCGAGACGAGCCAGGCUAAGAUCCAGCUGAUCCAACACCAGGACAGACAGAGCCACGUUAGACACCUGUACAAGCUGGCUAUCUCUCUGGGAGGAGACAUCAGUAACACUGUCCAGCAGUCGGUGAGACUGGAAGACAACACCUCAUCAUUCACCGCUGUUUGUUUGUUUGUCUUGACCCUGAGAGGUUGUGUUUGCACUCCCCUUGCUCCAAGUGCUGUAUUACUUAUUUUUUAAAACUUUACAUGCACACUAACAAAUAUUAGUAUACUUUUGAAGAUCUAGUUACACUACAUGGUCAUUAUCUUAUGAUACAGAACUUCUCUCUCCUGCCGUGCCAGCAUGCCUCAGGGUUUGCAGUGCGGCGUCUGCAGGAGCGUCUGGAGAGACUGGAGAGAGGCUGUGUGAACUGGAGCGCUGAGGCCAACAGGUGUGAAGAGAGCCUCACCAGCAACCUGCACUACUGUGUCUUCAAGGAGGAGAUCACUGAGGUCGGACGGUGUAACAACACUUUGGCUUUAUCUCAAUAAGACUGUUAGUCUUGGUUAUUCAUCCCAAUUUAUAUAACCCAGGCCUCAGAUCUAGAGCUCAAGCAUUCAUUUUUGUGCUGGGGCUUUAGGCUUUUGUAGUUGCUGGGGCUUUUUAUUGUCUGGCCUAGCAGCAUAGCAUAGCACAGCUGUCCCGGUCUAAAUUUAGCUCUGGGACUGUGAUCUUUGUCUCUGGAGGGCCUCUAUUCCAAGUUACAUUUUCCCCCUCCCUCCCUCCCUCCCUGCCAUUUGUCUCAUGUCACUCCAGUCAGAAGGGCAGAUUCCUCUUGUAUCAGCUGUGGAAGGGUAACCCAAAUAAAAGAGUCCUCAAUACCAAGGCCCUCAGACAGACAAGGGACCAGGAGGUCUCCCUUAUUUAUUAGAGAUUACCUGGACCUAAGAAUGAUUUUUCUGCAUGUCAUAUGAAGGCCUAGAGGUAUGGUUGGUACUAGUCUAAAGUUCACACACAAAUCUAUAUUUAUCUGUGUUCUGUUCCAAAUCUAUUCAUGCUACUCUAUUUUUACUCCAACACACCCUUUAUGCCUGAGAUUUGUUUGGCCUCUACCUCCCUCUACUGGACGAUGGCAAUUUGAAACGUUCAUAAAACAUGAUUUUAUCAAUAUAUAACUGUAUUUAAAAUGGUUCGGAAAUGAAAAUGUUGUUUCUAUUUGUGUUUUCUGUAGGGUUUCUAUCUUGCACUGCUGGGUUAUACAUACCAUAAAUCACUCUACUCUUAAUACACAUACUUGAGAUACCAAUACUUGAGAAGUGAGGUCUUUGGGGGGAAUCCUACCUGAUGUCAACUGGGGUGUAUUCAUUAGUCGGAUUCCGUUGCAAAUCGUUUCAUUUUGAAACAGGAACCGUUUACUCUAGCUACCAAAUGGAAGCAAACCAAGCAAAUGGAAUGAAACUUGUUUUCAUUGCAAAACGCUUUCCGUUUGGAGUAAACGGUUUCCGUUGCAAAACGUUGUGCAACAGAUAAAACAUUUUGCAACAGAAUCCGACUAAUGAAUAGACCCCUGAUGUCAAUUAUGAAGUUGAGAUUUGUCCCUUUAUGAUUAGGUUCCAGUAAGUUGUGAUUUCAUCUGGCCAGCAGAGCACUGUUGCCUUCUGCGAGAUGAGAGCUCCCCAAAAUAUGUCAUGAAUAUACUGUAUCACCAGGCUUGGACCAUUACAUGAAUUGCAUGUGACAGUAUUUCAUACACUGCCAACUAGCUGAUACAGGUUGACAUACUUCUUUUUAGCAAAAGACACCAUACAGUUGGCUGAGCAUGCCUACAGUAGAGAUACCUCAACAUUCACCAGACAGUGGUGCACGUGUGCACUCUUAUUUCAGCGGUGGUGUCAAUUCCAUGUCAUUUUGGCAAUUCAGGAAGUACAGUAAACUGAAAUUCCAAUUUCAACUGUCCUUAUUAAAUAGCAUUGGAAUUUUCAGUUUACUUAAUGGAUAGACUGAAUUUAAAUGGAAUUAACCCCAAUCCUGUUUUAUGUAAUCUUACAGACCAAUAUAUAAUAAUUUAUUUCUGCAUGAAUAAACAACGUGAAGAUAAAUUCUGAAAAAAGAUUACUUUCAAUUGAAUUACAUUUUAAGUAGAUUGUUUAAUCAAUAUAAUCUUAAUAGUAAUGACUAGCUAAACAUUUAAUAUUAAUAAUGACUUAAGUAAAUAUUAAGCCAUUAUGUGUUAAGUAUUAAGUAGUAAUACUUAAUAUUUGUGAUUAGAAAUUGAGAGAAGGACUUUUUUCUCUCUUUGCUGUGUCAUAGGGUUACCAUGAAAAAAGACAGACCAUGUGGUUGUUGGUGUCAGUGACCGGCAGCCAUGGUUAUCUAGCCAACACCCUUUCAUAAGUAUGUAUGAGUAAACAUGAUGGCAUUUUAGCAGCAGGGGCAGUUGCUGCUGCUCAUCAGCUGGGAUGAGACCAUUUAAAUCAGACCGUGCUGUCAGAUCCAUAUUCUACAGUAGCUAGCCCAGUCCUACUGCCCUCAAGACUCAGACCAUUCUGCUUCUCUGAACUACAGCAAUCUUUUCUAUUUUAAAAUAUUUUAAACAAUACUUUGAAAGUAAUCCGAAUGAUUGACUAUUUUGAAUGGGGAGAAAACCCAACAGAAAUGAGACAGUUUUCUCUUAUGUUUUGGACUCAGAUCAUUUUUGUAAUCUCUAAAUAACUCAAUUGCGUGGUCUUAAUUUAUUUUUAGCAAACCAACCCAAUUAUUCUUCUGUAGCUACAGUCUUUCUUGAUGGAUAUUUUUUAUAGUUCUCUAAAGGUUAUUUACUUAAGUUCUAUCAGUGGGUCAGAAGGUCUCAGUUACGUAGUUUUCAGCAGCAGCUGGCUCUGUAGCUAUACAGUAAUUGCUUUGGGAAGCCCAACUCCAGCUACUUGAUGAGAUAGUACAGUCCUGUUGGACAACAAAUAGCCUUUCCUUAAGGUUUCCUUGAAACUCAUGCUGUGUUUUUGGCCUUUCGCUUCCCCCUGCUGUGAUUUGAAUCCCCCAACCCUUUCUCUCUCUAGAUCUCUCUCUGUCUCUCUGUCUCUCUGUCUCUCUGUCUCUCCCUUCCUCCCCUCCCCUCUCACUGGGCAGGAAAUCUCCCCAUGUACCCAACCCAUUCCAGCUCGGGAAAAAGCCAGUAAGAUAAUUAGAGUUAUAUGAGGCUCCCAAAAUGGGAUGUGGAGGGCAGGGGGAGGUUGGUGAAGCUGCAGCUGUCCUGGUCUGACACAUGAGCUGGCCAUUCUACCAUUGCAGAAGCCCGUCGGCUGGGACAGAAAUGGCCCUGCAGUAUAAAUCACGUCUCCGGACUUAGCCAUUAAGCUCACCAAAAUAAUCCCCCCAGUGACUGAAUCUGAAUCCAACCCUGCUCUGCUGCACUGUUCUGUUUUCCUGCCAAGCUGUUUUAGAUAGGAUACCCAGCCCCCCUCCUCUCAAACUAUCUCUGGUGGUGCUGUUAGAUGUUAUAUGUUCAAUGUUCUGUAACUGUAUCGAAGGGAUUUAGCUGUCAAUGGAUUUAGCUGUCAACACAGAUAAGAAACACAGGAUGAUGAUGAUAUGUGAGGAUUUUAUGUCUUAACUGUUUUAUAUGUUUUGUAUUCUGAUUGAAAGCCUUUGUUAUUAAUAGAUCAUGAUUUUUUUCAUUUCAGCUGAGAGAAUCAUUCAAGGACCUCAAGAAGAAAUUCAACAACUUGAAGUUCAAUUAUAUGAAGAGAAACGACAAGUCAAGGAACCUGAAAGCAGUAAAAAACCAAAUCCAGCAGAUAGAGAUUUAUAAUGAAAAGUUACAGGUGAGACACAUCCUGUUUGCUAUGACAAUCCAGUCAAAAAAAUAACACAUUUGCCUGCUAUUCAAUGGUUUAAAUGCAUUAUUUUUUUGCCUCUUUCUAUGUUCAUUCUUUCUUUCUUUCUCUCUUCAACCAGGUAUUGAAGAAGAGAAUGCAGGCUUUCACAGUGAAAGUAACGUCCAGCACAGAGAAGCAUCUGAUAGGCAGUAGCCCCAGAGAGAUAGAGGAUGCUGUUAAUGAGCUACAGAGACAGCUGGGGGACUUUGACAAGACUGUGGAGGAGUACAGGCAGAACCUGGACAUGAGCGUGAAGCUGCAGCAAGCUAUGGAGGAGGUGCAUGGUUGGACAACACUUAAGAAGAUAAAUCAUUGACCCUAUACUUCUCAAUUAUGGAAAUUAACAUCUUGUCAAAAAUCAUCACAAAUUUAAGGGAAUUGGAUAUAGCAUAUGUUGUGUUAUGAUUGUUAUGAUUUUGCUGCAUGAAGUGGAUCAACAUGCAUUUCCUCCCCUUAUAUCUGGUAAAAUUGUCUCACAAUUUUCUGCUUUUGAAUUUCAGUAUCAGUUCUGGUGUGAUGAAGCAAGUGCUACGAUUGUGAGGGUAGGGAAGUACUCUUCCCAGUGUAAGACCAGGGAAGCAGUGUCUAUUCUAUACAAGCAGUUUGAGAAGUUUGUUUGGCCCACUGUGCCCCAGCAAGAGGAGAGGAUCAGCCAAAUCACAGAACUGGCUGUCCGUCUGCAUGGUAAGGGGCCAGAUCACACACAACAAACCACUAUCUUGAUUUUAGAAAUAAUUCUUAGGGUUUGGGUCAGCUUUUUGGGGGGUAAGGAAAUGGAUGCUUACAUAGCUUACUGUACAUAAAGCUGACCAAAAAUGCUAUUUCAAAAUGUAGGGGGAUAUGUCCCCCUGUCCUUAGUAGAAGUCAUGCCCAUGACACUGGCAUUGAGGACUGUAUGAACUGUCUUUAAUGUACAGGUGUUGAGGAGGGAAAGAAGUAUAUGGAGAAAACUCUCACCAAACACAAUGAGAUAGUGGAAUCGAUAAAGGAACUUUGUAAUGGAUUAAUGGAUUUGGAGGCUAAACUACAGGUACAAUUAAUUUUUGCGGGGGCCUAGUAAUUUUCUUCAGUCAUUUUAAUGGAAAAUGACUUCAAAAUAUGUGAUUUUCCUCUGAUUUCAGACUGAGGCUUUGAAGGAGGAGCCUGAAAUAAAAAAGUUGGAUAAUGUCAUACAAGAGGAAAACAAACAAGAGCAAAAAUCAAACCAAGAAACAGAGAAAGCUGAGAUGUACCCCCAGGAGGCUCUUGAUGUGGUAAGGUUAUUGAGAUGGAAACAGGACACUAUUUUGUCAGCUUCAGUGGGUUUGAAUCCCACUUCUGACACCAUCUGUAAACUGUAAAAAACAAACAAGCAUUAUUUUCAGUAUCACAAUUGUUUAGUCAUAGUAUGUGAAAUUAAAUGUGGGUUCUCUGCAUUUGUUGAAUGUUAUAAUGUACAGUCAAAGUCGGAAGUUUACAUACACUUAGGUUGGAGUCAUUAAAACUCAUUUUCAACCACUCCACAAAUGUCUUGUAACAAACUAUAGUUUUGGCAAGUAGGUUAGGACAUCUACCUUGUGAAUGACACAAGUAAUUUUUCCAACAAUUGUUUACAGACAGAUUAUUUCACUUAUAAUUCACUGUAUCACAAUUCCAGUGGGUCAGAAGUUUACAUACACCAAGUUGACUGUGCUUAUAAACAGCUUGGAACAUUCCAGAAAAUGAUGUCAUGGCUUUAGAAGCUUCUGAUAGACUAAUUGACAUCAUUUGAGUCAAUUGGAGGUGUACCUGUGGAUUUCAAGGCCUACCUUCAAACUCAGUGCCUCUUUGCUUGACAUCAUGGGAAAAUCAAAAGAAAUCAGCCAAGACCUCAGAAAAAGAAUUGUAGACCUCGACAAGUCUGGUUCAUCCUUGGGAGUAAUUUCCAAAUGCCUGAAGGUACCACGUUCAUCUGUACAAACAAUAGUACGCAAGUAUAAACACAAUGGGACCACGCAGCCGUCAUACCGCUCAGGAAGGAGACGGGUUCUGUCUCCUAGAGAUGAACGUACUUUGGUGCAAAAAGUGCAAAUCAAUCCCAGAACAACAGCAAAUGACCUUAUGAAGAUGCUGGAGGAAACAGGUACAAACUUAUCUAGAUACACAGUAAAACAAGUCCUAUAUCGACAUAACCUGAAACGCCGCUCAGCAAGGAAGAAGCCACUGCUCCAAAACCGCCAUAAAAAAGCCAGACUACGGUUUGCAACUGCACAUGGGGACAAAGAUCGUACUUUUUGGAGAAAUGUCCUCUGGUCUGAUGAAACAAAAAUAGAAUUGUUUGGCCAUAAUGACCAUUGUUAUGUUUGGAGGAAAAAGGGGGUUGCUUGCAAGCCGAAGAACACCAUCACAACCGUGAAGCACGGGGGUGGCAGCAUCAUGCUGUGGGGGUGCUUUGCUGCAGGAGGGACUGGUGCACUUCACAAAAUAGAUAGCAUCAUGAGGAAGGAAAAUUAUGUGGAUAUAUUGAAGCAACAUCUCAAGACGUCAGUCAGGAAGUUAAAGCUUGGUCACAAAUGGGUCUUCCAAAUGGACAAUGACCCCAAGCAUACUUCCAAAGUUGUGGCAAAAUGGCUUAAGGACAACAAAGUCAAGGUAAUGGAGUGGCCAUUACAAAGCCCUGACCUCAAGCCUAUAGAACAUUUGUGGGCAGAACUGAAAAAGCGUGUGCGAGCAAGGAGGCCUACAAACCUGACUCAGUUACACCAGCUCUGUCAGGAGGAAUGGGCCAACAUUCACCCAACUUAUUGUGGGAAGCUUGUGAUAGGCUACCCGAAACGUUUGACCCAAGUUAAACAAUUUAAAGGCAAUGCUACCAAAUACUAAUUGAGUGUAUGUAAACUUCUGACCCACUGGGAAUGUGAUGAAAGAAAGAAAAGCUGAAAUAAAUCAUUCUCUCUACUAUUAUUCUGACAUUUCACAUUCUUAAAAUAAAGUGGUGAUCCUAACUGACCUAAGACAGGGAAUUUUUACAAGGAUUAAAUGUCAGGAAUUGUGAAAAACUGAGUUUAAAUGUAUGUGGCUAAGGUGUAUGUAAACUUCCGACUUCAACUGUAUGAUUUCAGCAGUCUGAGCUGAAAGAAACUGGACACACUCCUGAACUAACCAUGGGAGGGAAUGGAAAAGAGGUACCCAUCAAAACAUUAGAAGAUACAAGAAGCAAGAAACCUCAAAUCCCCAAAACAAGGAGCAAGGACCUACCAGACAAACUCCACCCAGAACAUCACAACAAAGUGUUAUCAGAGAGCAGGUACCUUCAACCGUGCACCACCACCACUAUCCACACAUAGUUUAGUUUAGUUUAGUUUAUUUGCACAAAUAGAAAGACAGUUUGUAACAGUAAAAAAAUGAGUAUGUGCAAGAAGGGGAAAAAAAGACCAAAAAGGCAUGUUGAGUGUACCCCACCCCCCACCCCCCCACCCCACCCCCCCAUGGACAGAAAUCACACAGAUUCAGCAGUGUGGACAAACAAACAAACGAUUAAAUAAAAAACUACACACAAAAAAAGAUAAAGGAAUACUGAGGGUGUAGAACUGUGAUGGACAUUAGGUGCCUCUUGCAUUUUUUUUAAACAACGACGGGGAUAGCUUGGCAAAAUCAGGUGGGAAUGAGUUCCAGAUCAUAAGGCCUCUAUAUGUAAUUCGGAGUUGAGAAUGAGUUGUUCUUGAAUAUGGGUGACGUCAGUGAUGUAAAGUACAGUAAAAGUAAAAAUACUUUAAAGUAUACUUUUUUUGGGGUAUCUGUACUUUACCUUACUAUUUACAGUUGAAGUCGGAAGUUUACAUACACCUUAGCCAAAUACAUUUAGACUCAGUUUUUCACAAUUCCUAACAUUUAAUCCUAGUAAAAAUCACCUGUAUUAGGUCAGUUAGGAUCACCACUUUAUUUUAAGAAUGUGAAAUGUCAGAAUAAUAGUAGAGAGAAUGAUUUAUUUAUUUCAUCACAUUCCCAGUGGGUCAGAAGUUUACAUACACUCAAUUAGUAUUUGGUAGCAUUGCCUUUAAAUUGUUUAACUUGGGUCAAACGUUUCGGGUAGCCUUCCACAAGCUUCCCACAAUAUGUUGGGUGAAUUUUGGCCCAUUCCUCCUGACAGAGCUGGUGUAACUGAGUCAGGUUUGUAGGCCUCCCCUUGCUCGCACACGCUUUUUCAGUUCUGCCCACACAUUUUUUUAGGAUGAGGUCAGGGCUUUGUAAUGGCCACUCCAAUACCUUGACUUUGUUGUCCUUAAGCCAUUUUGCCACAACUUUGGAAGUAUGCUUGGAGUCAUUGUCCAUUUGGAAGACCCAUUUGCGACCAAGCUUUAACUUCCUGACUGAUGUCUUGAGAUGUUGCUUCAAUAUAUCCACAAACUUUUCCUUCCUCAUGAUGCCAUCUAUUUUCUCCAAAAAGUACGAUCUUUGUCCCCAUGUGCAGUUGCAAACCGUAGUCUGGCUUUUUUAUGGUGGUUUUGGAGCAGUGGCUUCUUCCUUGCUGAGCGGCCUUUCAGGUUAUGUCGAUAUAGGACUUGUUUUACUGUAGAUAUAGAUACUUUUGUACCUGUUUCCUCCAGCAUCUUCACAAGGUCCUUUGCUGUUGUUCUGGGAUUGAUUUGCACUUUUCGCACCAAAGUACAUUAAUCUCUAGGAGACAGAACGCGUCUCCUUCCUGAGCGGUAUGAUGGCUGCCUGGUCCCAUUGUGUUUAUACUUGCGUACUAUUGUUUGUACAGAUGAACGUGGUACAUUCAGGAAUUUGGAAAUUGCUCCCAAGGAUGAACCAGACUUGUCGAGGUCUACAAAUGUUUUUCUGAGGUCUUGGCUGAUUUCUUUGGAUUUUCCCAUGAUGUCAAGUAAAGAGCCACUGAGUUUGAAGGUAGGCCUUGAAAUACAUCCACAGGUACACCUCCAAUUACAUUUUAGUCAUUUAGCAGACGCUCUUUUCCAGAGCGACUUACAGUUAGUGAGUGCAUACAUUUUUCAUACUGGCCCCCCCGUGGGAAACGAACCCACAACCCUGGUGUUGCAAGCGCCAUGCUCUACCAACUGAGCUACAGGAGGCCCUAUUGAGGAGACUCAAAUGAUGUCAGUUAACCUAUCAGAAGCUUCUAAAGCCAUUACAUAAUUUUCUUGAAUUGUCCAAGUUGUUUAAAGGCACAGUCAACUUAGUGUAUGUAAACUUCUGACCCACUGAAUUGUGAUACUGUGAAUUAUAAGUGAAAUAAUAUGUCUGUAAACAAUUGUUGUAAAAAUUACUUGUAUCAUGCACAAAGUAGAUGUCCUAACCGACUUGCCAAAACUAUAGUUUGUUAACAAGAAAUGUGUGGUGUGGUUGAAAAACAAGUUUUAAUGACUCCAACCUAAGUGUAUGUAAACUUCCGACUUCAACUGUAUAUUUUUGACAACUUUUACUUUUACUUCACUACAUUCCUAAAGAAAAUAAUGUACUUUUUACUCCAUACAUUUUCCCUGACACCCAAAAGUACUUGUUACAUGAUGAAUGCUUAGCAGGACAGGAAAAUGGUCCAAUUCACACACUUAUCAAGAGAACAUCCCUGGUCAUCCCUACUGCCUCUGAUCUGGCGGACUCACUAAAUAUAAAUGCAUUGUUUGUAAAUGAUGUCUGAGUGUUGAAUGAUUUAUACUUUUACUUUUACUUUUGAUACUUAAGUAUAUUUAGAACCAAAUAGUUUUAGACUUUUACUCAAGUAUAUUUUACUGGGUGACUUUCAAUUUUACUUGAGUAACUUUCUAUUAAGGUAUCUAUACUUUUACUUUUAAGUAUGACAAUUGGGUACUUUUUCCAUCACUGGGUGAUGUAGCUGUUGUCUGUUUCUUGUUGAGUAGUUAUGGAAUUCAUAUGUGGAUGUAAAAUAGUUUUUGAAGAAAGAGGGUAAUAAGUGAUUUGAAGUGCCAUAAACAAAUUGAGCAUCUUGAAAAUAAUGAAUUUGAAAUAUAUUCAGGAGUUCUAAUUUUUUUGAAAAGUGGUGCUGAAUGGUCUCUAAAACCUGCAGAUUAUAUUAUUCUUACAGAGCAUUUCUGCAGGCGAUAGAUUGAUAGUAGUUUGGUGUGGUGUGUGCUGGCCCAUAUAAUGUUACAGUAACUGAUGAAUGGGAAGAUCAUUGUGUAAUAGAGACUGAGAGCAGUGCUUCUGUUUAGGAGAUAUCAAAUUUUGCCAAGUAUCCCCGUAUUUUUGGCGAACUUAUAGGUUAUUGUCUUUAUGUGUGGUUUCCAUAACAAGAAAGUGAAAACACCAAGAAAGCGAGUUGUAUAGGCAUGAUCAACAGAAAUAUUAUCAAUAUGGACCCCUAUAUAAUUUUUUUUGAUUCAGUGACAAUUUGUUAAUAUUAAACCACUUUGAGAUAUUACAUAGUUAAUAAUUAACAACAUUAAUAAGGUAAUUUAAAUAUUUGUGAGUAAAACACACUUGUAUCAUCAGCAAAUAAUAUCUGGGAGAGAACUUUGGAUGCAUUAGACAAAUAAUGUAUAUAAAUCCGAAAUACAGUGGCUUGCGAAAGUAUUCAUCCCCCUUGGCAUUUUUCCUAUUUUUGUUGCUUUACAACCUGGAAUUUAAAUUGAUUUUUUGGGGGUUUGUAUCAUUUGAUUUACACAACAUGCCUACCACUUUGAAGAUGCAAAAUAUUUUUUCUUGUGAAACAAACAAGAAAUAAGACAAAAAAACAGAACUUGAGCAUGCAUAACUAUUCACCCCUCCAAAGUCAAUACUUUGUAGAGCCACCUUUUGCAGCAAUUACAGCUGCAAGUCUCUUGGGGUAUGUCUCUAUAAGCUUGGCACAUCUAUCCACUGGGAUCUUUGCCCAUUCUUCAAGGCAAAACUGCUCCAGCUCCUUCAAGUUAGAUGGGUUCCGCUGGUGUACAGCAAUCUUUAAGUCAUACCACAGAUAAUCAAUUGAAUUGAGGUCUGGGCAUUGACUAGGCCAUUCCAAUACAUUUAAAUGUUUCUCCUUAAACCACUUGAGUGUUGCUUUAGCAGUAUGCUUAGGGUCAUUGUCCUGCUGGAAGGUGAACCUCCGUCCCAGUCUCAAAUCUCUGGAAGACUGAAACAGGUUUCCCUCAUAUUUAAGAAUUUCCCUGUAUUUAGCACCAUCCAUCAUUCCUUCAAUUCUGACCAGUUUCCCAGUCCCUGCCAAUGAAAAACAUCCCCACAGCAUGAUGCUGCCACCACCAUGCUUCACUGUGGGGAUGGUGUUCUUGGGUGAUGAAAGGUGUUGGGUUUGCGCCAGACAUUUUCCUUGAUGGCCAAAAAGCUCAAUUUUAGUCUCAUCUGACCAGAGUACCUUCUUCCAUAUAUUUGAUGAGUCUCCCUCGUGCCUUUUGGCGAACACCAAAAAUACUUUUUUCUUUAAGCAAUGGCUUUUUUCUGGCCACUCUUCCAUAAAGCCCAGCUCUGUGGAGUGUAUGGCUUAAAGUGGUCCUAUGGACAGAGACUCCAAUCUCCGCUGUGGAGCUUUGCAGCUCCUUCAGGGUUAUCUUUGGUCUCUUUAUUGCCUCUCUGAUUAAUGCCCUCUUUGCUUGGUCUUUGAGUUUUGGUGGGUGGCCCUCUCUUGGCAGGUUUGUUGUGGUGCCAUAUUCUUUCCAUUUUUUUAUAAUGUAUUUAAUGGUGCUCCAUGGGAUGUUCAAAGUUUCUGAUAUUUUUUAUAACCCAACCCUGAUCUGUACUUCUCCACAACUUUGUCCCUGACUUGUUUGGAGAGCUCCUUGGUCUUCAUGGUGCCGCUUGCUUGGUGGUGCCCCUUGCUUACUCUGGGGCCUUUCAGAAGAGGUGCAUAUAUACUGAGAUCAUGUGACAGAUCAUGUGACACUUAGAUUGCACACAGGUGGACUUUAUUUAACUAAUUAUGUGACUUCUGAAGGUAAUUGGUUGCACCAGAUCUUAUUUAGGGGCUUCAUAGCAAAGGGGGUGAAUACAUAUGCACGCACCACUUUUCCGUUAUUGAUUUUUUAGAAUAUUUUGAAACAAGUAAUUUUUUUCAUUUCACUUCAACAAUUUGGACUAUUUUGUGUAUGUCCAUUACAUGAAAUCCAAAUAAAAUCCAUUUAAAUUACAGGUUGUAAUGCAACAAAAUAGGAAAAACGCCAAGGGGGAUGAAUACUUUUGCAAGCCACUGUAAUAGUGGUCCCAGAAUAGAUCCCUGCGACACACCACACUUAAUCUCCAGAGGGGGACAAUUUAUUCCUUUGAAAGUCACAUAUGGCUUUCUAUCUUUUAGAUAACUGGAGAACCAAAGCAGAUUGUUCAGUCACGCCCAUAGUUUCAGGUUUUUGUCAUAAAAUAUUAUGAUCAACAGUAUCAACUGCUUUUGAGAGAUCCCAAAAAAUACCUAAUGUAUGAUCUUUGUGACAAUUAAGUAAUUAACAGCCAUGUAGGUAGAGUGAGAUUUCUGUGAAGCCAUACAUCCUCCACUCAACACAUGCUUGCGCAUACACACACACACACACAACACACACACACACACACACACACACACAUACACACAACACAAACAUUCCUCUCCCAUUACUCCCCUUUUUCUGUUUUGUUGAUAUUGGUUUUUGUUUCUAGUGUUUUUUUUACUAUUGUAAAGAGACUUUGGGUUCAUGAAAAGGGCUAUAUAAAACCAAUGUAUUAUUAUUAUAAUAAUUAUUAUUAUUAUUAUAGGUAUCACACCCAGGAGGCAUACUCAGAGACCAGCAGAGUGGAGACUAUCUCCAGCAGGUCGAUGCAGGAGAGAAAAGAGCAGCUGAGCACCUCUUUCUGCUGCACACACACCUUCAACCUGUCUUGUUCACCGCUGGAGAGGGACAGGAAAGUCCAUGCGCUCCACCAGGCAGGGAUCAGGUCUCUGGUCACCCCUCCUCCUCCUACUAUUCCUCCUCCCCCUGCCGUCGAUUCGGCUCCCUGCUUCUCUGAUAUACAGAGAGAGUUCCAGAAGAAGGAGAGGAGGAACUUCCCUGGGUUUCAUACUUCUAAUACUGAUCAGGUUGGUCUUCUUACAGUAAGUCCUCAGACUAUUGGCUUUCCAAUUAUCAUAACUUAUUAUCAUACUUCACAACUACUAGUUUAUUUCUGGCCCAAAAUCCCAUGAAUAAGGGAUGUGCAUGUGACUAUACAUGCUAUUAUUUUAAAUGUUUUAAUUUUUCUAAUCCUUACAGGGCGAGCCUUUCUCCCAAGAUGCAUCACACCUGCUGCCGCCCGCAGGUGGUCUGACGGAGGGGAACCUUCAACGGCAUAACCUCAUGACAGAAGAGUCCCUGUCCAAUGACGAAUAUGAGUGCACAUCCCCCGACGACAUCUCUCUGCCCCCGCUCUCCGAGACCCCAGAGUCCAACAUCGUCCUAUCAGAGAAUGACAUGGACCUGGAUGGUUUCUGUCUCAGCUCCCAGUCCCACACCAUUCACAUCAACCAGUACAGCCACCAGUUCCACUCCACACAUAAUAAUGAAAACAACAGCCAGAGCCAACAGAGGAUCAGAGAGCAAACUGAAAGCUGUCCCUCUCCUACAGGCGGUCUCAACAUCAAGUUCAGAGAGGAGUCCUCUUCUUUUGUCCACAGCCCCCUGACUGCCCCAGCACCGAGCCUGGUCUCAAACACACUCUCCAGUAUUCUGAAAAGCAAGGGAAUCCCCAACCUUCCAAAACCCAACCUCCCAAAUAUUCUACCAGUAGGCCCCCUAGGCCUAAACGAGUGCCACCAGACCAUAUAUUCUGUGCAUGAGAGCUCUGUCACAGAGACGCAGGAGUGUGUGCAUGACCCAAGCAGCGUGAUGGUCCGAGGAGCUGCCGCCCCCGCUGCGUUCCCCGCUGCUGCCACCACUCGCUCUCUUAACACGCAUGCUUCCCCCUCCCCAUUAACCACCACAGCAGUCACACUCACAGACCAUGGCCAAGACCCAGACCUCUUCAAGUCCACAGCCAUCAGAGAAGAAAUCAGGCUGCCUGGUACCAACCGGUCCGUGGGGAGCACCCUAGCAGGCCAGGGCCCUCCUCACUUCUCCAAACUACUGUCUAGUACCACAGUUAUGGAGGUGUCGCCUGUGACCCUGGAAGUGGAGGUCACUGGAUUUCCAGAGCCUACUUUAACAUGGUGGGUAGCUCAUAGGCAUUAGUUGUAGUAAUUGACCAAUAUUUAUCUAAUAGUAGCUGCGUUUGAAAUGGUGUCCUAUUCACUAAAUAGUGCACUACUUGGGCCCUGGUCAAAAGUAGUGCACUAUAUAUGGAAUAGGGUGCCAUUUUGGAGACAGACAUAGUAUUUGGUGCAAGUGAUAAAGAGUAGAAUUUCAUAAUUUUAAUCAAAUAUUUGUAUUCUUUUUAUUCUUUAUUAGCAUGACAAGUUAUUAGCAUAAACGGUCACUGCUUAUUCUACAAGCAAACUGUCAACCAAUGCGUUGGGAUAUUCUAUAAAUCAAUUCCAAAAGGAUAAUUCAGGUGGAGAGGAGUGGACACAUUGAAAAAUGAUAAGAUGGAUUUAUAUACUGCAUGAAUAGUGUUACAUCUGACAUUUUUGGUGGAUAACAUUUAUUCCAUUUCAUUUUACUCAAAUAAUUUGUGAGUUUUUUACUAAUCUUGUGUUUUUUUUUAAAUUACUUUUUAAUAACACAACUUUUAUAUAACACAUGUUUGAUCAUUAGUCACUUUAGUAGACUAUUGAAUAAUCUAAUUGCUUGGAUUGAUUGUGUUUCAGCUCACCCUCUGAUAAAUAGGAAUGUGAUUUGUGUCUUUCUUGUGUUGUGAUUGUGUGAUGUAUAAUUCACUUCUUGCUUCAGGUUCAAGAAUGGAGAGAAACUGACCAAUGAUGAGCACAUAGAACUGUCCCAAAAAGAAGGCAAACAUGCAUUGUUCAUACAGAGGGUCACUGAGACCGACGCAGGCCUCUAUGUGUGCCGGGCCGUCAACUCAAGCGGCACCCUAUCCUCUAGCGCCGCUCUUCAGGUGAAAGCAGCUAACAACAGCUGUCCCGAUCCCAACUGCCCUCUUCUCAAGCUGGACUGGUACACUUGUUUCGGUACUCUGUGUUUUCUCCUGUACCUCCUGUACUUACUGCUGUUAUGAAGAAAUACAAAAUAUUAUAUCAAGCUUUUCACUGCCAGACCCAUUUCCAUUCUCACUGUACACUGUAUAACCCACAUUUUAACUGUGAAAUAUGUAAGGCUGCACGGGGUGUCACUUCUGAACCUGAUCACAAUCACCACAUCCCUACUACACCCAAAACACCAACUGUGUGUAUGAAUGUGAGGUUAAUUUAUUUGUAGAUUAGACAAUUGUUUCAGUUGUGCAUAAAACCAAAUUAUAUCUCAAUUUAAGUCAAAAUAUCCUUAAUAUUAUACUUACAUUCUAUCUGCUUUUUAUCUAAGUUAGUGCAUUUGAGUCUGUGCCUCUAUGACCAAAUGACCUACAAUUCAUGAGAGAAUAAGGUAGAUGUAUUAAUAAAUGCUAAAAACAGUAAUUUAGCAAUUUUUUCAAUUUCAAUACUGUAUUACAGUGCACUUGGAAAGUAUUCA